UAGCUGCCACGGUUCAGUCCUUCAGUCGGCCGCCGAGCUCUCCCCAGCGUGGACGUGUCGAUGACAUUAUCCAGUGAUUGGUCGUCGAGUCAUCUAUUACUGCUAGUGUUGUAGUGAUUCUGUAGUGCCAGUGAGUCUAGACCUUAUAGGUAGUGUGUGAGUGUUCGAAUUAGAAGACAUGGCGCCUUCCAGACAAGUUACUGUCUUCGUCUUCUGUGCCGUCUUCCUGGCGUUCUCUUCUGCCAGAAGUUACGUCAACAGCGACAAGACACUCGAACAGAAAAUGCGAGAGGACGUCGAUCUGUCUCAGUUCUACUCGCUGCUGGAGAACAACCCAAUAGCCAACACCACGCUAACAUACCGCAGUGUGACAGUGUUCGCACCCGCCAACCUCGCGUUCCAGAAGUACACAGGCAAAGUGGACGACACUCUGGUCCUGUACCACAUGACUAACUCGGCUCAGAACCUGAACCAGCUUGGAUACUACGUGUCUUCGGAGCUCGAGGGCAAUCCUCCUCUGUGGAUCACUAGGCAACGGACUGGAGUCAAGGAUGAAAUCUUUGUCAACAACGCCAAAGUUCUGAGUCAGAGGUCCAACUUGGUGUACACCAAUCUCAACGGUCGCAAACAGGUAUUGCACAUUAUUGAAGAUGUGCUGGAACCUGUUCGAUCAACGAAUCCCGAUGCGCCAUUGUACAAUCCUGAUGCUUGGACCUUCCUCAACCAAUCUGAGAACAUAGAGUUGGAUUCUCAUCGAAUCAGAUCGUUUAGGCAGAGGGUUCAGCUCAUGAAAAAGGCUGACAUAUUCAAGGCAGAAGGAAGAUAUACAUUCUUUAUUCCUGUAGAUGAGGGCUUCCAGCCACCUCCUCGGCCAGAGAAGAUUGACGAGAAGGUUAUUGACGGCCAUGUGAUCCCUCGAGAGGUACUCUUCACGAACGCUGCACAGGAGGAGGUCGAGCAUGAGACCCUCGCGUUUACUGACAUGAUGAAGGUCACCAUCUCCUUCAAAACCGAGCACAGUCUCAAGGGCAGCAAAACAUACGUGAAGAGCCACACUAUUGUUGGAGAUGCAAACCACGCUGAGGGAGUUGUGUUGGCCGAGAUUGUGAAAGCCAAUAUUCCUGUCAAGAACGGAGUUGUCCACCUGAUACACCGGCCCCUCAUGGUGGUGGACACUACAGUUACUCAGUUUCUGGAGUCCUUCAAGGGAUUUGACCGUGAAGAUGGACCGCUCUACAAAUUCUAUGAGGUGAUCCGUGACACAGAGGGUGACUUUAUGGAUCGUAUUACCCGGAUGCGAGACCUGACUCUUUUUGCACCAUCCAAUGCUGCCUGGCUGGAUUCCAACCUGAACAACCUGAUGCGAGACCGCAGCAGGAUACGGGAGAUUCUCAACAUGCACCUGGUGGAACAGAGGCUCACCAUGGACCAGAUUAUUCAGAGCAACACCAACAAGCACCCUCUGUUCAAGGUGCCCACUCUAGCCCCGCGCAAGAGCCUCUACUUCAACGUCGUCCACCAAGGUCACAACAAGACUCUGACAGUGGAAGGCGGUGGUGUCAACGCCACUGUCAUUCAGCCGGACAUCGCAGCUACCAACGGUAUUGUCCACAUCAUCGAUAGAGUCCUGGGUGUUCCUUUCACGACCGUUGGAAGGAAGCUGGCUACAGAUCCCAUGUUAAACAAGACUUACCAGCUGGGCAAGACAAACAACUUUAACAUUCAACUGGAUGACACUAGCAAGAAGUUCACCUAUUUUGUACCCAGGGACUUCGCAUGGAACCGCAUGGAGGCCCGAUUUCCAUCUGCGCACAAGAAAAUGUUUAUGAAGGACUAUGGUUACCAUGUGAAGCAGAUCCUCGAGAGACACUUGGUAGUGGACGACAAGCCGCUGACCAUGCAGAUGCUGAAGAAGUACUCCAACGAGUCCCUUACUCUUCCCACCAUCCGUGAUGUUCUCAAACUACGAGUGAAGGAGUCCGACAGCAUUCAAGAUCCUGAGUUACAGAGCCUGGACGGGGGUUAUUACAUAGAGUGGAACAAUGAGUGGAUCCAUGUAUUCCGGCCAGAUGUGGAGUGUACAAACGGAGUUAUUCAUGUCAUCGACUCCGUGCUGCUUCAGGACAGUGACAUCGUAGUAUCUGCCGCCCCUACCCCCUCCCUUUCACUCGGCCUGGGGACCGCUGCUGCACUGUUCCUUAGCCUCUUGGCAGCCCAUCUCCUCUAAGUGGGUUUAGUGCUCUCUUGUCAAGUGAAACCAACAGAGUCAAUGAUUGCUGCCUCCAGGGUCUCGGGAAGAGAUGGGACAUCUUUCAAUUUUUUUAUGGAAAAGCAAAGCUUGGGACUUUCAAACAGUUGUCAUAAUUUAAGUCACACAUUUAUGAAACUUCUCGUAACAAAUACAUUUUUACAAUUCAGCAAUGUGAUGAAAGAUGUUUCCACUUCUUUCCUCUCUUCAGAUUAUCCCUGGACUUUACUUCUUACAUUCCAGUCUCAGCUGAAGAACUUUUGCUAUUUCUUCUUUCAGUUUCACUCACUGCCUGUUACCACUAGACCAAUUUUCAAAUUCGUAUAAAUCUAAUUUUCGUAUGGGAUCUUUUCAUUCGUGAAUGUUUUCUUUAAAUGGUGCUUAACAUCAUCUCUGAAGGGAUGGCUCUUGUCUAAAUUAUCUAGUUAUCUGUCUUUGUUCAUAUUACAAUUUAACAUCUCUUAAAUCACUAACAUUCCCUAAAUGCUCAUCUCACUAGCAUUUAUGUCAUUGAUAUGGUUGUUUGUUGUUUGUAUUAUUGUGCUUUUUAUGUUCUGUGUAGAAGCUUGUGUGACAUUUAUGUAACUAAUCUGAUACUAAAUACAAUUUUCAUGUUGACCAAAGGAACCUUACUUUAUGUUCUGCUUGAAUGAUACUGGAGUUGGAUAAUUUGACAGAAGUAUUUCAGUUUUUAUUAUAAAUUUAAGAAAUAGUAAAAAAUGGUUGUAUCGACGUGUUACAAACAAAACAGUAAAUAAAACCAAAAAGAUGUGUUUUGAUCUCAUAUAGUCUAUAAAUAUUCUUUCUACAAAACAGUAUAAGUUUUUUAAUUUGUGAUAUAAUUAUGUUGGUUGAUAGUAAUUAUACAUAAUAUUGUGUCGAGGUUUUGGUAACUAACAUUUCUUUUUAUAAGUGAUUGUGGAACAGUUUAUUAAGUGUACUUUCUUAGAUUUCUAGUAAGUAAAAAAUUACGUGCAACUGCAUUUAAUAAUUUUGGUUUCAAGAAAUCACAGCUAUAAUAAAGCUUUAAGGUAGAAAAGCGAGAGCUCUAGAAAAUAAUAAUAAUUUGUAUAUAGCUUAUAAAAUAGUAUUGUAACAUCAUCAUAGUAUAAUACAAUUGCAGUUUUUACAGAUUAUUUCUUUAUUUUUACAAUUUAAUGAAUAAAGUAAUGAUAAAGUUAAUUUAUUCAAAGAAUGCAAGUUUAUUUUGGUUUUCAAGUGUUGAUGUUCAACUUUUAUUUUGUCGAUUUAUAGUCUUUUUUCAUUCAUCUAGACUUUAUUUAUUUGUAUUUUAUUUAACAAUUUUAACUUUGUGGUAAACAAUCACAUUUUGCAAUAAAACAAUCAUAAUUACUGCAAUAAUAUAAUGUUCAAAAUCUGUGCAUUUCAUUAAAAUAAAAAGACAAUACUUUAUCCAAGAGAAAUAGAUAAAAUGAUCACAGCAUUAAAUAAUAAAAAUUAUAAUAGGAUUACUCAUUUAAGCAAAAAGUUAAUAAGUGACAAUUAAAAACAUAUAUAUAUAUAAUGUAUUUAAUAAUGUUUCUACCUUUGUAUUAAAAUACAAAAUUAUUUAUUUCAACCAUCACAUCUUUAUAAUACUGUUUUUUGCAAUAUUAUGGAAUUUUAUGUUAUCUCAAAAAAGGGAAUUUCCUUAAAAUAACCAAUUAUUCAAGACAAGGUGAACAAAUCAAAGCCUAAGAUUGGUAAGACAAGUAGAUAGAAGGCAAAGAUUUUUAAUAACCUUCUCUGUGUAUUAUAUGUACAUUUCUUUUACCAAGUCUAUGUGCAUUAAACAUAAUUGUUUUACUGUUAACUCAAACGCUCUGUUUUGGAAUGGAACUCCAACUCAGAAUUUGGAGACCCUUUCCAAACAUAGUCAUCUGAAGUUGUAAAGAUAAUGAUUGUUACUACUUAGGAUAGCUUUAGAAUUUCGGUAACGUUAAGAGUUACAACUCAAAUAAAAUAUUUAUUUUGAUUGUAAAAUAAAUCUAUUCUGGCAUUGUAAAUGCUUGGCAGAUAUUUUGCUUAAUAUUGUUAUUAUUACUAAGUCUAAAGUAAGUUUAUGUCUGUGUGUGGCGGUUGUUGCCCCUCUCCUACUAGAUGUCACUAGCGCCGCUUCAUGUCACGUGUUGUCAUAACCUUACUUUACUUUACGUAAGGAAAUUACGUUUACGUUACACAACAUUCUGUUACAUUAUUUUAUUCUAUGUGACAUUAUGUUAUCUUACAAACAUAAUAUGUUAAAAGUGACUGACUACCGCAUUGUAAUGAUAGCUGUAGGCUUUGUAAUAAAGAUACAUUCCAUCUUGAUUUUUAUUGUCUA